AUGGGAAAUCAGGCUCUCACCACGAAACUGGUGUCUGUUCUGCAACACAACGACCAACACGGAUCCAGUGUGCCUCCAAUCUAUCAAUCGACGACUUUCAAAGUGGGAUCACUCGAAGACGAUGCCUCUCAAGCAUACGACUACACGCGUUCUGGAAACCCCACACGGACGGUCGUGCAACAUCAGCUUGCAAAACUGUACGACGUCAACAGCUCACAGGUGCUUGCCGUAAGCAGCGGAAUGACGGCACUCGACAUGAUUUUGCGGGGUCUCGUACUGAAAAAUACAACCUCGGUGCCCACGAUCAUCGCUGGCGAUGAUCUAUACGGCGGAACCCAGCGUCUACUAACACAUUUAGGGGUUCGCGACCAUGCGCGGGUUUUGCAUGUUGACACCACUGAUUAUGAGUCAUUUGUGAGCGUGUUCAAACAACAGCCACGCGUCGACUGCGUGCUCCUGGAGUCACCAACGAAUCCGCUACUCAAAGUUGCAGAUUUGCCUCGGUUGGCUCGGUUUAUCAAACAGGCCAACCAGGACUGUAUUAUCGCCAUCGACAACACUAUGAUGAGCGGCAUGCUUUGCAAUCCGCUUCAUUUUGGCUGCGACGUCGUCUACGAGUCUGCCACCAAAUAUCUAAACGGUCACCACGACAUCAUGGCGGGUGUUAUUAUUACCAAGAAUGAGAAGCUUGCUGGGGACAUAUAUUUUGUGAUCAACUCCACAGGUUGCGGUCUUUCGCCGUUCGACUCAUGGCUUCUAAUAAGAGGACUCAAGACCCUGGGCGUCAGAAUGUAUCAACAGCAACAUAACGCCAUGGUUCUUGCGCACUGGCUCGAGAGUUCAUGCGGAUUUCACAAAAGAAACCCAAAAGACCGAACAGUGACACGGUACGUGGGGCUGAAAUCGCACCCGCAAUUCGAACUACACAAAUCCUACAACGCCGGGCCAGGCGCACUAUUGUCAUUCGAGACAGGUUCUUUCGAACACUCCAGGCGUCUGGUUUCAUCGCGCAAACUCAAAAUCUGGUCCGUCACAGUAUCCUUCGGUUGUGUGAACUCGCUCAUCUCUAUGCCGGGGAAAAUGUCACACGCUGCGAUUGAUCCUGCCUUACGUGAAGAACGUGAAUUUCCUGAGGAUAUUGUCAGACUGUGUUGUGGUGUUGAAAACGUCGCUGACCUACAAAACGAUCUACUUGAAGCUAUGGUGGAUGCUGACAUCAUCGAAGUGAGAGAUGAGGGUAGAACUCUUUACAACAAGCUCAACGGAAACUUGGCACCAAACACCAUUGGCCAUGGCGACCUUCCAAACAUCUAUGAUGAGUUUUUUGGGCAGAAUGGCGUUGUGAGACGCCAAUCCAUAAUCACAGGCCGUGCCAAGUUGUGA